UGUCCGGAGCUUUGCUUUCUAUUUCCGGUGUGUAGCAAAAGCUUAGUUACGGGGCCGAGGGGGACUGACUUGUUAAAGAGUAGGAACUGUAGCAACACAAAACUGUAUUGAAUUCGUGGUUUAGUGGAUACACUUUGAGACGGAUGGGAGUUCUGAGUAUAAACUUAGAAAAAGAAUAGUGUUAAAGUUGUGACAAGAAGUUUCAACAGAUCGUUUUGCCAAAGGAUUGUUUUCUGUACAAAAUAACAGUUUUGAUAGUAUGUCAGUUGCUAAUAACGCAGGAUAUGCUAGCCAGAACGGCGGUUCUGGACAGCCUUACAUGAACGGUCCCAAGCAGAAUCCUUUGAUGCAGCCAUCACAGAUACCAGCUGGCCAGGGGUAUAUGUUAGUGCCCCCAGCCUCCACUGCACAGCAGAUUCCAGGAAAACUUCCUGCACAACAAACUCCUGAACACAAAAAUUAUAGUUAUUUUCAUAAUGCGCCUCCAGCAAAUACAUUACAAGAACUUGGUCAGAGUAAGAGGCUUCCAGUGAGUUCUCAACUAGUUCCAAUGUCACAGAAGAUGAGCUCUGUUUACCAGCACCUUUUGCCACCUGAGAAGACUGUUUCUCCUUCAUCUUAUAGUAAAGUUAUGCCAGCAGCAACUCAUUUACUGCCAUCACUACCAGACCAGCAGUUUAGUAGUCUUCCUCAUCCUUCAGGCUCUGUUGUUAAUCAUCCUCAAGCUGCACCUCAGGCAGGCCAUGUGAGCCCUGCCGCUUUGCCUGCCAAGACUCAAACACCUUCCUUGUUGCCAGCAACUGGUUUCUCUGCUCCUACAGGAGUCCAUUCACCUCUGCAUACUUAUAAACAACCAGAACUUACACCACCUAAGUCAUCCAUGCCUUUACCGACUACAUUUAUUCCUGGGAAGCCACUUAUUGGACCACCACGACCAACUGGAGCACCACCCCCUGUGCAAACAGCAAAUGGUCCACCUCUUCAAGCACAUGUAAAUGCCUCUACAAGGCAGGAUGGUGGUUUUGAUUUGACAUCCACAGAGGAUUCCUUGGUAUCUAAUAGUUAUGAUGCCCUUGAAGGUGGUAGUUACAUAGCAACAGAGCAGACACAUGUUCCCAAGAUGGGCAGAGGCGUUGGAUACACAUACCCAACCUUACAGCCAGGAUAUCAGACUACUCCUGCAGUACCACUCUCUUCGCAGCACUGUCCCCCAGGGCCGCAACAGUUUCCACAGGUUUCUCUAAUUGCAUCCAUGGGAGGAUUAAGUUUGCAGCCAAAUCAACAGCAUGAAGGACUGCGACAUGUAAAUCUUAUUCAAGAAAGAAAAGUCCUGCCAUCGUCCCCUGUAACAGUUCCUGUCCCUCGCUUGCAUCCAGAUUCACAGAAGCUCAACUGUAGUCCUGAAGUGUUAAGGUGUACGCUGACAAAUAUUCCCCAGACUCAGUCACUGCUGAACAAAGCCAAGCUCCCAUUGGGUUUGCUUCUUCAUCCCUUCAAGGACUUGUCGCAAUUGCCUGUGGUCACAUCCAGCACAAUUGUAAGAUGUCGUGCUUGCAGAACUUAUAUUAACCCUUUCGUCAGCUUUCUUGAUCAAAGAAGGUGGAAGUGUAACCUUUGUUACAGGGUUAAUGAUGUUCCUGAGGAGUUCAUGUACAAUCCAGUCUCAAGAUCAUAUGGAGAGCCACAUAAAAGGCCUGAGGUGCAAAAUGCAACAAUAGAACUUAUUGCACCUUCAGAAUAUAUGCUCAGACCACCCCAGCCAGCUGUAUACCUUUUUGUGCUAGAUGUUUCACACAAUGCAGUGGAAACUGGGUACUUGAAUGCACUCUGUCAGUCCCUGUUGGACAAUCUCAACUCGCUUCCAGGAGACUCCAGAACAAAAAUAGGUUUUAUUACAUUUGACAGCACAAUUCAUUUCUAUAGUCUUCAGGAUGGCCUGUCUCAGCCCCAGAUGCUAAUAGUUUCAGAUGUUGAAGAUGUCUUCAUACCAAUGCCAGAAAAUCUAUUAGUAAAUUUAAAUGAAAGCAAAGAGUUAGUACAAGACUUGCUAAGAGUCUUGCCACAGAGGUUUUUGAAGACAAUGGAAACUCAGAGUGCCUUGGGGCCUGCUUUACAGGCUGCAUUUAAGUUAAUGUCACCUACUGGAGGUCGUUUGUCUGUGUUUCAGACACAACUCCCAUCGGUAGGAGCUGGGCUGUUAAAAUCUCGGGAGGACCCUAAUCAGAGAGCUUCUGCAAAGGAAAUACAACAUCUUUCUCCAGCAACCGAUUUUUACAAGAAACUAGCCUUGGAUUGCUCUGGGCAGCAGAUAGCUGUAGAUUUCUUUGCUCUUAGUGGACAGUACUCUGAUCUAGCUUCUUUAGCUUGUAUUUCUAGAUAUUCCUCAGGCUGCAUUUAUCAUUAUCCUUCUUAUCACCAUGAGCACAACCCCACACAAGUGCUAAAAUUCCAGAAGGAUCUGAAACGAUACUUAACUAGAAAGAUUGGAUUUGAGGCUGUCAUGAGAAUUCGGUGUACUAAAGGGCUUUCUAUUCAUACUUUCCAUGGGAAUUUUUUUGUACGAUCAACGGAUUUGCUCUCUCUUCCUAAUGUAAACCCUGAUGCAGGGUUUGCAGUACAGAUGUCCAUAGAAGAUAACCUCACAGAUCUGCCAGUUGUAUCCUUCCAGGCAGCAUUACUCUAUACAUCAAGCAAAGGUGAACGUCGGAUCCGUGUUCAUACUCUCUGUUUACCCGUUGUAGCCUCACUGGCUGAUGUCUAUGCAGGAGCUGAUAUCCAAGCUGUUUCUGGACUGCUUGCCAGCAUGGCUGUUGAUCGUUCAGUUUCGUCCAGCUUGGGUGAUGCUCGAGAUGCCCUGGUGAAUGCUGUAAUUGAUUCUUUGUCUUCAUAUCGUUCUUCAGUUCUCAGUGUUCAGCAACCUGGCCUUAUUGCACCUUUCUCCAUGCGACUUUUUCCCUUGUAUGUGUUGGCUCUUCUGAAACAGAAGGCUUUCCGGACUGGAACAAGCACACGUUUAGAUGACAGAGUGUUUGCCAUGUGUCAGAUGAAGAGCCAGCCUCUUGCAUACCUUAUGCCUAUGAUCCAUCCAAAUUUGUAUAGGAUUGACAAUCUCACAGAGGAGGAUUCUCUGCAUGUAGAUGAUAAAACAGUACCUCAGCCUCCUAUUCUUCAGCUUGCUGUGGAAAACCUGAGUAGGGAUGGUGCCUACCUUAUGGAUGCUGGUUCAGUUUUGUACUUGUAUGUUGGAAGAAAUUGUGGUCAAUUAUUCCUCAGAAAUGUGCUGGGCAUCUCAAAUUAUGCUUUAAUACCACAGAAUAUGGUAGAACUUCCAGAUCUAGACACGCCAGAAUCUGUCAGAACAGUAGCUUUCAUUGCUUGGCUUAGAGAACAAAGACCAUUUUUCCCUGUGCUGCAUGUAAUGAGGGAUGACAGUCCACUGAAAAUGAGCUUCCUUCAAAACAUGGUAGAGGAUAGGACAGAAUCUGCCUUGUCCUAUUAUGAGUUUUUGCUUCACAUACAACAGCAAGUGAAUAAAUAAAGCACUAAGUGCCACAGUAAUGCUGUGGAGGAAGCGGGCAUCAAAAGAAAACUGGUCUUCGUGAAACCUCUCAUUUGCAUCGAUUAAGAUUGUACCAUAGUGCACAUGACAUUAUAUAUUUUUUCCAGUGUAAGGUCAUCUUUAAAACUACAGCUGUGGGAAAGUUGUCAGAAAUGUAAUGAAUUACUUUUUUACAUUUUUGAAUUGCAUAAAAACACCUUUGUGUGCACACGCACAUUACAAUUGUACAGAACAUAGUGAUUUUAUAUUGCUAUGGUACUGGUCGGGAGAAGUAAUUGCAAUAUUUAGUGUCAAGCAUAAUAGACUUCACAGUAUUUUGAAUUUCAGAAUGUUAUAUUUUAGUGAAUCCUUUUUGAUUUGUUUUUCUUAACCUGCUUGUUAUAGUCUUACAUGAGGUGCAACUGACAGAAGCUAGCAGUACUUCAUGCAAGUUCUAGCUUUUGCAUCAUUUUUAUGUUUGGUAGCCUUUUUAGAUACCCAUAAAAGUAACCUCAAAACCAAGAACACACCAAGUCCACAACGGAAUAAGCCGGA